AUGACGGAAACAAAUUUUGAAAAUUUGGAUUUUCAUCCAUUCCAAACCAACGAAACCUUACUAUUAAACGAUGAAAAUGACCCAGACUUAAAUUUUUAUAACUGUACAUUGUCCAAGAACACUAAUACAAAAUACUAUUCUCCAAAUUCAGACAAUAUUUUUGCACACGCAAAAAAUUAUUCCUUUUCUAUACUACAUCUCAACAUUAGAAGCAUGCAAAAGAAUUGUGAGAGUUUUAAACAGUUUCUCCACACUCUGAAUUUUCGUUUUAAAAUAAUUUGUCUCACUGAAACUUGGUGUCGUGAUGAAGACAUAAAAAACAAUUCAAAUUUUCAAUUGUGUAAUUACUCGGUGAUUCAUCAAAUUAGAAACUCUAACAAGGCGGGUGGUGGCGUGUGUGUGUUUAUUCAUAAUUCUCUAUUGCAACCUGCAGGAUCAAUUGAUAAUUUUAAAACGUUAAUUGAACCUAUUAUAUUGAUCAAUAAAAACACCAGCAAAGCAGUAUACCUCGUGGGGGAUCUUAACCUCAAUACACUUGAUUACGAAACAAAAAAAAACAUCCAGUGUUUCUUUAACUUUAUAUUUCAAAGUGGGUAUAUUCCUCUCAUAAAUAAACCAACCCGGGUAACUAAACAAAACGCUACAGUAAUUGAUCACAUCAUAACAAAUUCAUUUUGCGACAAAGAACUACAUUCGGGUAUUAUCAAAACAGACAUCUCUGAUCAUUUUCCCAUCUUUAUCACGUCCAAUACAAACUUUGAUAAACAGUCAAACCAUUAUUUAUUGGCUAAGGUAAAAUGGGACGACGUGGUAAAAGCAACGGGUGCAAAUGACGCAUAUGAUAGCUUUCUGAAAAUUUUUUUGGAAAGUUAUGAUGCGGCAUUUCCAGAAGAAACAAGACGUAAAAUGGGACGACGUGGUAAAAGCAACGGAAAAACAUGGAAUAUAAUCAAGGAAGUGAUUGGUAAAAUAAAAAUUAGAAGUAAUAAUUUUCCUUCAAAACUUGUAAACGACGAAAAUGAAAUUGAAGAACCAUCUUUGAUAGCUGAAGAAUUUAACAAUUUUUUCACUAAAGUGGGGCCGACCCUGGCGUCGAAAAUAGGUCACAGUACAAAAUCCUUUAAACCGUAUUUGUCAUAUUAUGAUAAUGAAAUAGAGAAAAAAGAGCUAAGUGAGGAGGAACUAGAAGCAGCAUUUCAUUCUUUGCAAAUCAACAAAAGUCCUGGCUUUGAUCAAAUCAGCAGCAAUGUCUUAAAGAACUGUUUUAAUGAACUAAAAUCUCCACUACUGUAUAUAUUUAAUUCAUCUCUAAUUACAGGCAUUGUUCGUAAAAAGUUAAAAAUAGCUAGAGUUGUCCCAGUCUUUAAAGCAGGAGAAGUUUGUAAAGUAUCUAACUACAGACCAAUUUCAAUACUCCCUUGCUUCUCGAAGAUUUUAGAGAGAAUCAUGUACAACAGAGUUUAUUCUUUCUUGAACAAUAACGAUAUUUUGUAUAAUAAGCAAUUUGGAUUUCAAGCAGGUCAUUCAACUGAUCACGCAAUCAUUCAGUUGAGUCAGGAAAUAUUUCAAGCCUUUGAUGAGAAUAAAUUUACAAUUGGGAUCUUUAUUGAUCUCAGUAAGGCAUUCGAUACAGUCAACCAUGAGAUUCUAUUAGAAAAACUAAAAUAUUAUGGCAUAAGAAAUACAUAUCUCGCAUGGUUCAAUAACUACCUCUUCGAAAGAAAACAAUAUAUUUCUUAUGACGAAGGAAAUACUAACUACAGGAUUAUAACAUGUGGAGUACCUCAAGGGUCAAUUUUAGGGCCACUGUUGUUUCUUAUUUAUAUCAAUGAUAUAUUUAGAGCAUCUAGUGUCUUAAAUUCAAUUUUAUUUGCUGAUGAUACAAAUUUAUUCUUUACUCAUAAAGAUAUAAACGUACUUUUUGAAACCACUAACCUAGAAUUGGCUAAAUUGGCAGAUUGGUUUAAAGCGAAUAAAUUAUCCCUUAACACUUCAAAAACUAGAUAUACCCUUUUUCACAAACUUAGUAAAAAAGAUAAAAUACCUCUUAGGUUACCUGGAUUAGUUAUUGAUCAUGUAAACAUAAGAAGAGAAUAUUCAAUGAAAUUUCUUGGAGUUCUCCUAGACGAAAAUUUAACUUGGAGAGAACAUAUUAAAUUAGUGGAAAACAAAGUUUCCAAAAGCUUAGGAAUCUUAUAUAAAGCCAGUUUCGCUUUGAAUAAGAACUGCUUAAGAAGCAUAUAUUUUUCCUUUAUACACUGCUAUUUAAACUAUGCAAACAUUGCAUGGGGUAGCACUAAUAUAACAAAAUUAAAAAAACUGCACAUUCAGCAAAAACAUGCCAGUAGGAUUAUAUUACGACAGAACAAAUGUUCCCAUUCUAGACCAUUGCUAAAAGAACUGGGUAUUCUUAAUAAAGUUCAACAUAAAUAUCCAACUAGAUUUUCAGGUAAUAAUUUCCUUCGGCCAAAAAUCAUAUCUAAUGUAACAAAAUUUUCAAUAUCAAACCGAGGCCCAAAACUCUGGAGCAUGCUUCUAAACGAUGAGAUAAAAAGCAUUCCAUCUACAAAACAAUUUAAAAUUGCACUAAGAAAUCAGCUGUUACGAAAAAUUUAUGCUUGUACUUAUGUGUAUGUAGAACUUGUAUCUGUAAUUUUGAAAUAG